CACACACGCAGACACACAGAAAUGGGUCGCACACAGCGUCGUCGUCGUUGCCGCCAGUCCACAGAAUCGCCAACUGUUGACUCCGACAAGACAAAGUCCAACAGCCUGCAGGCUCUCUACGUGCAGCUGCAUGCCCGUGGCUGGCAGAACUCCACGCAGUUGUCAGGCCACUCGUUUGUUCAGACUGGGCGCGGGCUCUGCUCAAAGCGUCGCCCGUUUGUGGCUGGGGACGAGCUGAUCCGCCUGCCCGUUGGCUGUCUCAUAAGCAUAGGCACCCUGGAGGCAGACAAGGCGUUCAAAAGGCUCUUCAAUAAGGAUCUAUUCGACAAGGAUGCACGCAUUUCGUUUCAGGCGCUGAUUGCCUGCUACUUGUUGCAUCAGCGCCACUUGCACGAUUGUUCGCAAAGCUCUGAUAUUGGAGUUUAUUUGGAUACUCUGCCCAGCAGCUACACCACGCCUUAUUUCUGCACCAUACCCGAGUUGCAGUGCCUGCCGGAGUCAUUGCUCGAGCGCACCGUGGCCCAGAAUCGACAGAUACGCGACUAUUACGAAAUACUCAAGACGCUGGUGGGCUCGCAGUGCUGUGAGACAUGCGGCCAGAGAUACUGCCAAGAGAUAUGGACUCUGUCGGAGUAUCGAGUGGCCUACUUUGCCGUAAACACACGCAGCGUCUACCUCAAUGCGCGUCAGCUGAAAAUGCCAUCUAAAGAAAGUCACUUUCAGCCUCUCCUAAGCGGCAGUACAAACCUGGCUUUGGCUCCGUUCCUCGACCUGUUCAACCACUCGGACGUAGUGCAAACAACCGCUGAGAUUCAGGGACAGGACUUUGUUUUAAGCCUAAAUGCCCUGCCCACAGCUGAGAUCAAGCCUUACGAGCAGUUGUACAUCAGCUAUGGCCCCCUGACCAACUUCAAGCUGCUGACCGAGUACGGCUUUUGGCUGAAAGGAAAUGCCCACGACUACUUUGAAGUAUCACUGCUGGACAUUGAGCACAUGAUUAAGCAGAAUAAAACGCUGGCCACGCAGACCUUCCAUCGCAACAUCUUCAAGUUCAUCAGGGAGCACAAUCUGAGCGAUCAAUUGUUUGUGCACCUCGACGAUGGCUGCUCGCACAACCUGCGCGUGGUGCUCCAUUUGAUCUUCAAGCAGCAGGCCUACUUUCCCAAUUUACUCAAUCAGAUUGCCUUUGGCGAUGUGCAACAGUUCGAUGAUGUGCAGCCAGAACUGGGCUAUUUGGUGGCCCACAAGAUCCGCGAGUAUCAGUUAUUUGCGGGGGAACUCGACAAGUUGCCGCAGCUAACGGAGAGCGGUGCAGUGGCACGUUCCUAUGUGCAGGAGUGCAUCCGUUAUCUAAAUGACUUUGAGGCGGUGCAUUGUCUAUCCUAAGAUUCGAAUAAACUUUACUCGUCGCUGGCCAGCGUUGACGAUAAUGCAAAGCGAAAAAAGAUUACGCCGUUUACGCCCACGCCUGGGAGUAAGCUGCUGGGUGGAGUGUUUGGCAAGA